AUGGCACCGCCGAAAAAGAAGGCAGGAGGCCAGCCCCGGAAACAACGGAUAACAAAACGGCGUUAUAUCAAUCGGCAAUAUCGCAAACGACCGGACAUUGCACGCCGAGAAAUGGUCUACAGACUGCUCAACGACAAACAUAACCAAGGUGCUAUUGUCAUAACGAGUUCUCUGGAUAAUGCCAUUCCUCUUUUAUUCCUGCAGAAAGCGGCGAAAGUGCAGAACAGAGUCUCGAGGUACAAGGGGGAUCGAUACCACGGGAGAAGGCGGAAAUAUCGAAAUACACGAGAGUACUCGUACGAUAGCUCGCCCACCAUUGACGACUCCGAGUACACGAAAUCCGUGGCAACGUCCGUGGAGAACUUGUCGAUGGACGUCGCUAAUAGCUCGGCAGCCAGCAGCUCCGAGAACAGCAGCGUAUCGAAUGUCUCCGUGGAGCCGAUUGUUCUCGCCAAGUCGAUCGAUAACACUAGAGCUUUGCUGAAGAAAAAGUCCCUCGUCCAAGUCAUUAACAACUACAUCAAGGCUGGGAUCGAGGAAGGGAAACGGCAAGCGAAAAAGUACAUCCGCAAGGCGCUCUCGUUCGGCGUGAAGUCCGGCUACCUAAUUCCAACCGAUCCCCAGGGGCAAGUGAUACGGGUAUCCCCGACGUUGAUAAAAUCGAAGAGGAGCGACGUGGAGUCGCGCAAGAGGCGGAAAAGAGCGAGGAGAGGUGAAGAGGAUCCGAUGCCCGAUACCAACGAUCAUCAACCGACCCCGCCGUGGAACUCGGAACGGAAGAAGAUCACGCGCCGCGAGGACACACCGAGGCCGGAAACUCCUCCGCGAAAGAGGAGGAAGACCACGAAGAAUUCGAGCCAAGCGAAAAAGAAUUCCAGAAAGAGGGGUCCCACGGAACGUGUUCCGCGAGAUGGUAAAAAGAGGAACACGAGGAGAAGAAACAAAGACAAGUUAAUGAUAUCGAUGCUGUCCAACGUCCCGAGCAACAAAAGCGACGAGAACGUUCUAAAGAACACGAGGAGAACGCGGAGCUCGGACAAAUGCGACGUGAACGAGAAGAAGGAGGGCCGCAGGGAUCGAAGGGCUAAAUCUCCUCGCGCCAGAAAGGAGGAUAAUAAAAACUCGAAGAAGAAUAAUGAAGACUCGAGCAACGAGGACACGGACAGCGCGAAAUUCAGCGACAACGAAGUGAACGAAAGAGUGCCGAUAAGACGACGAAAAUCGACGACCAAUCGGGAGGAUGCCUCGCGAAAUGAUGACCCAUCGCUAGAAAAUCCGAUGAGAAUCGUCGAAGAGAAAUUGGACGCCUCCAACGAAGGAAACAGCGAGAACAAUACAAUCGAGAACAUAAAUUAA